ACAACCGACAGGACCGCAGACAACCCGAUGCUACCGAGAACUUCCUUGGCGGAGGUAACAAGCGGUUUGUGCUCAAGGACAGUUAAUGGAGGAGUAACACUCCACGUAAUCCACUUGACAUGUGAUGAAGGUGACGUAAAGAGACAGAGGACGCAGCUUUAUGAGAUCUACGAACCUUUGGCGAUGUGUUUUCCUGUUUUGUCGCUAGCUUGCUACAUUGUCGCCUGCUAGCGGCCGCCGUGACACUUUGCCGUGUUCGUAAACAUCUCCAGCGGCGCAAAGUCCAACACCCCGCGGCGGCUCGAACAGACAUGACGACCCCCACAAAAAAACAAACAAAUACAAAUUUUACGCUAAACCAUUAGUUGGUGAGGUUUCCUUUAAUUCAUUUGGACUAGCAACCGGCGUCCUUGUGUGGGCUACGUUUGGAAAAGGUGCGCUUCAAACCUUUAACGACUCCGCCCGGUUAGUCAUCGGCCGUGUUGCGCCGCCAUUCCCGUCCUUUAUUUUCACGUUUCGUAAUUGUCUGUCGAUACAGCUCCUACGUCGCUUUGUUUUCGUCAAAAAAUAUGCUUGAUUUUUAUUCGUUUAACCAUGAUUUUUGUCCCCCUACGGGUCUGUUGACACACCCAUCACCGCUAUUGUAUGAAAAACGCCUUUGCAGCGCGUUUCGGGUGAACAAAUCGAGCGCCGCUUGUGUCGGCCAAACAAAAGCGACACACUGCUACGAACGUCGACGCAAAAGUGAAAGGUUAACGCGUUGUGACCUGCUCGGAAACCAACAAAAAUCACGCACGCGGCUCGUUUAAGUGUGUAAUUCAUUUGUGGAAAAGGCGUCACGCCGCUCGACUCGAACAUUGCAGGGCCCAGCGUAAACUCGUGGGGCGAAGACCAAGUGACGGCAGUUAGCAACGGGGGCUAAUGUUUGUUAGCUGCGCUGGGGGAAGAAGCAGCUGCGUGCUUGAAUCCCCGCGUGAGCGCUGCUCAUGGCUGUACGCUGGCUGUGCAGCCUCUUCGGGAAGCCCUUUGACGGUGGCAAGAGGAUGGAGCGCGGGGGGCCGCCGCCGCAGCAGCCAAUGGCGACGGAGCAGCCGCCGCAGUACCCGCCCCAGCACCCCGCCAUGAUGCGGCUAUACGAAGUCCACCGGGAGCUGACUGCGCUGGGGCCCCAGGUGUGCACCUUCAGCGGCCUGCCCGACGACCGCGAUUACAAGCGUCUGGAGCGGGAGCUGACGCGCCUCUUGCUGGAGGUGGACCGCGUGGACACGGAGGGCAAGGCCGAGCUGCAGGGGGCACGCAAGCGGGCGGCGCAGGAGGUGGAGGGCCUGCUGCGCUACCUGGAGGAGAACGCCCGCCACCCGUCCCGCCUGGCCAUGGAGGAGCUGAGCGAGGAGGCGCGGCGGCUGGUGGAGCGGCGGGUGGUGGCGCCGCAGCGGGAGGGCGGCGCCGCCGACGUGGACGACGAGCUGGUGGAGGCCCUCCGGCAGCUGGUGCUGCGCCUCACCCAGGUGAAGACGGAGGGCCGCGUGCCGCUCCGGAAGGCGCGCUACCGGGCGCUGACCCGACUCUGCACCGUCCAGGACGUUCUGGAGGGCCGCACGCCGCAGCAGACGCUCUCGCUGCCGCUCUCGGGCGAAACGCACGUCGCCGUGCGCUGCAUCAACCAGGUGAUGGCCAAGGUGAGCGUGGCGCGCGGCCAGCUGGUGGCGCUGCUGAUGGGCCUGAGCGGCCGCGACAGCUGCGCUCACCUGUCGCGGAUGCUGAUGGAGAUGCAGGUGGAGCUGGACGCUCUGGACGUGUCGGGGAACGCCGCCGUCAGGAACUACCGCAAGCAGGUGGUGGAGGAGAUCAACGGACUCCUCAAACAUUUGGACCUGGAGGGAGAAGGAGAGGACACGCGCAGGUACGACUUGGCGCAGAACAACUCCAUCCGCGAGAUCGAAGCGGUGCGCGCCCACGUGCGCCACCUGCGCGACGGCGUGCUGCGCCACUGCGCCACGGGCGAGCCGGGCUUCCGGCCCAAAGCCGAGCUCCAGGGCCUGCUGACCCACCUGGACCAGGUGGACACGGCCAAGAACCCGUGCAUCCGCGAGGCGCGGCGGCGCGCCGUGGUGGAGGUGCAGGCGGCGGUCACCUUCCUGGACCUGCGCGAGGCGCUGACGUGCCGCCGCCCCGGCGCCGGGGAGGGCCCGGCCCACCGCGCCGUCUGGGCGGCGCUGGCCAGCCUGUCGGAGCUGCAGGCCCGGGUCCUGGGCUUCGACGGCAAGCGGGCCGACAAGAGCUACGCGGUUCUAGAGGAGCUGCUCACCGAGCAGCUGCUGGCGCUGGACGCCGUGGACCCGCACGGCGACGAGGGCGCCAAGGUGGCCCGCAAGCAGGCCGUCAAGUUCGCGCAGAACAUUCUCAACUAUUUGGACAUGAAGACGGACGAGUGGGAGUACUGAGCGUGCCCGCUCGACGUCAAGGACGGACUACGCUUCCCACAAUGCAGCGCGGCACCGCUUUCCUUGUCAACCCGCUGAUCGAGACGCGUCCCCAACUCUCAAAACAAAUCCGCUCUGUGUGUAUGUAUGAAAGGGUACGCGUGUUUGUCUGUGUGCACAAGUGUGUGUGCCUGUGCAAGGUUGUGUAAAUGUGUGCACGUGUGUGUGUGUGUGUGUUGAAGCUUCUUUUGAAUGGUCCUCACUUAAAGCGAAACAGGAAGUGACCUUGUGAACUGGCUUAGAAAAACAAAAUGGACAUCUUUCACCAAACGUCCUCCUUCGACAAUCGUGAAAAUCAGCGAUCGAUUGUCCUUUUGAACUGGAAAAUCUCCCUCGGAAUGUUCUGAACUCUCUGUUACCACGGAGGCGCGAUUAGCGUGGAUGUAGCUCCGCGUCCUCGAGGUUGAGCUCGCUUCGACGGCAAGCUAGCCGGACGGAGGACGGCGCCGCCCGGCGGCGGGCGAGCGCUCGCCACGGCGCCGUUCGUCAAUGGAUUGCGCGCGGUCGGGCAGAAUUCCCGGCGGCGGAUGCUCGGCCUUCAAACGUUUGAAGUCGGAGACAAAAAGAAGAGAGACGCCAACGGAACCUUUGAAUAUCUCCGUGCCUUCACGUUCACACUUCUCUCGCUGCUCCAACAGUCGCUUUGUACCAUGUGAGCGGACGUGCGCGUGGCACGUGCAUACCAGAAUGCCAAGGGACGGGACAGACCUGUGUGUACACCGUGUGACCAGAUGCGUGUACCAUGUGACCAGACAUUUGUGCGUCGUGCGUCCAUCGCGAGACCGGACGCGUGUGCACCCUGUAGGCCGGACUUCGGUCUAUCGUGUGCGCGUGUACCGUGUGACAGACGCGCAUCGACGCACAUACGCUUAGAGCACAAGGACGUUGCACUAGUGUAUUUUAAGAGGAGUAUUUCUAUUGCACAAAAUGUACACAAUUGAGCUUUAAAUGUCUUGAGAUAAAAAACAAAAGAAAACAAAGUAAUGUACUGAUUCGCUUGUGUCCCGUUACCUUUGUCCAUAUGGCCGGCCCCAACAUGGAAGAAACAAAAAGAUGACUGGGAUUGCGUUCCCUGCAUCUUCUUUUGCCUUUUCGUGUGCCCUCAUUGCUCGUAUUCACGAAAGUGUUUCCAGACUCGACGUGUGACGGAUUGAUGUAUUUUUGGGCACUAAGGUUUCAAUCCUAACGUUGACGACGACUUCCGACUUGUACCGAACGUCUUCCGUGCAAAAGUCCAAAGGAAGGAAAAACCUCCCCGGCAGGCGCAGUUACCGCGGUAACCGCAACGCUGCGUUGUUGUUCCCUCAAUUCAAUGUGCUGCUUUUUUCUCAUUAUUUUGUUGACGCGAACGAUGGCAAUGUGGGACUUUGUUUGUUGUUUUUAUAUUUCACACAUGAUGUACAAAAAACACUGACGGAGUUUAGAAGAAAGUUUGUUUGGACUUGCUGCCAAAAUAAACAUUGCAUUGUCACGCUU